AUGGAGUUGAAAUAUUUGCGAGGAGCCUCUAACAUAUUAGUAACAAGAAAAGGACGUGAAUAUUUUUUCAGGAUGUUUGAUUCUAAAUUAUCACCACGUGACAUCAAGGAUAUGUACAGUUGGCAAGCGGUAAAGAAAGUGAAGAUAGAUAACGAGAAAUCCGACGAUAUAAUCAUCAAGGAACAUGUUAGAACUUAUGAAGGUCACUUCAAUGACUUAGGACCAGGUUUACCGAUUGAAACACAGGAUAAAAUUAUAAGCAAAAAUGGAUCUUUAGAAAACGGAGAACUCCAAAGACGCCAAAAAUUUAGUGUUAAAGGUAAAGAAGUUGAAACGGGUAGUGAUACAUUAAAUUCUAACAAAAAACGUGUUGCUCUAACUCAAGGUAAUGGGAAAGAUAGUGAUAGUGAUAGUGAUAGUGAUAAUAGACUUUGA